GUCGCGAGACUCUAGACGCUGCAGGGCUGCACGCGGGUUCCGCACGCGCACUCUCCGAGGCUUUGGAGGAAAAUCGGAAGCUUCAGGGCAGACGAGGCAAAUGCUGGAGGCAGAGAGUAAAGUGUGUGAAGGUCUGCUGAAAGGGAUGGAGUUCCCAAACUCUGAUGAAUUUGAGGAGCUUUGUCCAGUGUGUGGGGACAAAGUGUCCGGCUACCACUAUGGCCUGCUGACCUGCGAGAGCUGUAAGGGUUUCUUUAAGAGGACAGUGCAGAAUAAUAAGAGGUACACGUGCAGUCAGAAUCAGGAUUGUGGGAUUGAUAAAACUCAGAGAAAGAGAUGCCCCUACUGCCGCUUCCAGAAGUGUCUGAGCGUGGGAAUGAGACUGGAGGCGGUCCGUGCUGACCGUAUGAGGGGAGGCAGGAAUAAGUUUGGCCCCAUGUACAAGCGGGACCGCGCCCUAAAGCAGCAGAAAAGAGCCCUAAUCCGAGCGAGUGGUUUUAAACUGGAGUCCAACCCACCCCUCGUGCCGUCAGCCCAGGCAGACUACCCAUUCGCCGGCUCUCUCCCCAGCCUCCUUCCCCCAUCCCUCGCCCCUCCUGAAUAUGACUGCCCCCCUCUCUGCCCUCCUGCCUUAGGGGUGGCCCUACAGAGUUAUGGCUCUUUCCCGGCUCAGUACCAGUACACUACUCCCACUCUGCCUGGGAGGUCUAUCAAAGCGGAGCACCCGGACCCCUAUUCUACUUCCCCUGACUCAUCUCUGGCGUACCCCUACACUGAAGGCUGUCUGCCUGCUUCCCCCCAGACCAGCCCUAUGAACCCGACGGUACCAUCGCUGGUCCUAGAGCUGCUCAGCUGUGAGCCAGAUGAGGAGCAGGUAAGAGGGAAAAUCUGCGCCUACCUGCAGCAGGAACAGAGUGGACGUGGCAAGCUGGACAAGCCCCGCCCCUUCAACUUGCUGUGUGUGAUGGCAGACCAGACAUUGUUCUCCAUUGUAGAAUGGGCAAGAAGCUGCAUCUUCUUCAAGGAGCUAAAGGUGGGUGAUCAGAUGCGGCUGCUGCACAACUGCUGGAGUGAGCUUCUGCUUCUGGACCACAUCUGUAGACAGGUGCAUCAUGGGAGAGAGAAUUCUCUGCUCCUUAUCACUGGCCAAGAGGUGGAACUGGCUGGUGUCGCGUCCGAAUCAGGACUGACCCUGUCCAGUCUUGUGCAGAGGGGACAGGAACUGUCCCACCGGCUUCAGCUGCUGCAGGUGGAUCGCCGAGAGAUGGCCUGCCUGAAGUUCCUCAUCCUCUUCAACCCUAAUGUGAAGCUGUUGGAGAACCAGGCGUUUGUGGAGAGCGUGCAGGAGCAGGUGAAUGGAGCUCUGCUGGAAUACACGCUCAGCACGUACCCACAGCACCUGGACCGCUUCAGCCAGCUGCUGCUGCGCCUGCCCGAGCUGCGUGCGCUCAGCAACCAGGCCGAGGACUACCUGAGCUCCAAACACCUGAGCGGAGACGUGCCCUGCAACAGCCUGCUCAUAGAGAUGCUCCACGCCAAGAGAGCCACCGCCAUCUGAGCCAGGUGCGUGGGUGCAGAUGAGCGUGUGGAAGCGCCAAGGCUGCAAAGGCUAAUGUGUGCUAAGGACACUGGAGUACUUCUUAAGUGCUAUUAACACUGUCAUUUGUGCUUUGUACGUGGCAAGGUAUUAUUUCCAAUUCCAGCAAUGAAGAAAUGAAGAUGACAAUCUUUAUAUUAUAGCCACUGUGAGUUCAUUUAUUUGGUAUUGUAUGACUUGCAUUUCUAUGGCAAAGAACAUUAUGCUGUGUGUUUGUCAAUUUAGAUUCUGUUGAUCUUGUCUCUAAGGGCCCAUUUCAUGCAAAACAAAGCUUUUUUGAGCAAAAAAAAAAAAGUUUGAUAUACUAUGUAAGCAUCGUUCAAGUGUCAAAACGUGCCGUUCACACCCCAGUACGGAAGCAAAGCUGCAGAAAUAGCCCAUUUUGCUUUCAUCGUGGCUAUGACGCAACAACCAUUCACAUCAGCUGCCCAUUCAGCCUACAGCAGAUCAGCCCUGCAUAUUCAGGCUGAGGUGAUAUGGAGUGUUGUUACUGCAUACGGUCUUCAGCAGUAGUUAUUUGGAGUGGAAGAUGUGAGUAAAAUGAUUAAACGUUGUACUGUUCAUGGCUGUUGGGAGGCAAAUUGAUCAAACCAGCCUUCUAAGCCUUCCAGAGUUAAUUCUGAACAUUUCUGUCCAAACUUAACAUGUAGUUCUGUACAUUUCAGCCCAAACUGCUUUUUGAAGAUCAACAAAUAUCAGUCUUAAAUGCACAGUCACAAGGAUGGCCUGUUUAAUCCUAAGGGAUUAAGACAGGUUGGAAAGUGUUUGAGUCAAAUAAUGGCUGUUUUUGUUAUACAGAUUUUAUUUUCAGAACUUUUUAUUUGAGAUUAAGUUCUACCAGUUAUAAACUAAAAGCAGGAACACCAGGGUUUUGUUUGGUUCUACCAGGGUUUUGUCCGGUCCUACGGCACAUCAUGACUUUGGGUACUGCUGUUUGGCUGUCUGCUUUCCUAACAUGCCUAUAAUGUUACAAGACGGCAAGAAUAACAGUCUGAAAAGCAUUACUGUAAAUUUUGGUUUGGCAAAGAAAGUGACCAAGGAUCUUUGUUGAAAUUAGAUGGGACUACUCAUGUAGAGAUGGCACGAUACAACAUUCUCUUUUCAUAUACCAAUACCGAUACUCAAAGUAUUGUCCGAUACUGUUAUGAUGCGAUAUUUUAUUCGUUUACAAGUACAUUUUCAAAUGAAAUAUUUUGUAUAAAAAUGAUAUACUUAUUAGGGGUGUCCCAACAUGCAUGUUAUGUGGUAAAAAGAUCAUACAUGCUAUGAAAUGCAUGAUACUGGGAAAGGCUUCCAUAGUUCUAUUUAACACAAUCCAUUACAUUCCUAAAACUCCUCUGCGCAGAUCUUGGAACUGGAAAAAUUAGCCUGCUUUGGAUGCUUGAUUAGCCAAGCUGUUUGGAAAGGCCAGCAGAGAGAGGUGAAAUCAUCUUCACCUUCAUUUUUUUAGUCGAGUACAAUAAUGGUGGCAGAGAACGAUAGACUGUGUUAGCAUCCCAGUGUGCUAACGCUGCUCAAAUAGCUUCAAUUUUGUUGUUUACCUUUAAUUUUAUGAGCCUUGCACUUUUGUUCUUCUGAGAAAAUGACUUUUAUCACCUUAACAGGCACUGGACAACAGUAGGAAUUUUUAAAAAAAUGGUAUCGCGGUGCAAAAACAAUACGUAUCAUAUUGUGAAAUUUGUGUAUCGUUACACCCCUAAUAUUUAUAUAUCAUGUUUAAACUCCUGAAACACUCAACUAUCCCACUUUUACGUGAUGUUGUCGUGGUUACUAAUGUUGAAAGGUGACCUGUCUCACCCUGCUUUAUGUUUUGUGACCCUGCUUUUACGUUUUGUGGCACUCCAAGCAAUUCUGCACUAUUUCAGGACAGGUUUGUUACAGAAUCAGACUGACUUCAUCCUUUUUUUCCCCCUUGUGAUUUUCAAUCCGGCAUUUUCUGUUGACAUCAGCUUGCUACUGACAACACAAAGAGGGUGAGAAAAACAUGUAAAACAAUAUGCAAACAGAGCCAAUCGGGGUGAUGCUGAUUUUUACUCAACAUGAUUACACGGACCGUUUAUGCAGUAAACCUGACCACUCGCUUAAUUUUACUGACUUAGUUCCACUGACUUACAUGCAUGUGUUAAGUAAUGGAAGCUGGAGAAACUGAUUCAAAACAAAAAAACAGCCAUUUCAUCUUUCUGAGUGUACCUAUGAGAAUUAUGAGUUCAGUGCCAUCUCUACAGUCAUGUGAAGCAUUCGGCUUCAUCUGCAAGUGCCGAAAUGCCUUGCAUUCCUCAAAAUAGUCAAGAAGGACAAAGUGUCGCUCCUUAAAUGUCUUUGACAGGAGCAACAGUGAAACAAAGAUUUCUGCUUCACUUUGACUGGUGUUUUUUUGUUUUUUUUCCUUGUUUCUUUUCCCCACAUACUUUUUAAAAUGACAUUCUGCAUGUAAUUUAAAGUCCUGCUCGGGAUGCCUUGACCAUCUUAUUUUGGGUCAUUCCCAUUACCAUAAGCAUGACAGAUGCCAACUAAAUUGAAUGGUUAUCUUUUUAUUUUCAUUUCACAUUCAUACUGAG